AUGGUGAAAUGUCGCAUGAAGUGGGCCGUGACAUUGCUUCUGAUCGGAUGGACCAGCACGAUCGUCUACAUGCUCUACCAGAGUACCCUGGUGGAUCCGGGCCUCUCGUCCGCUCUCCCCGGCUCCACCGGCCUUCUCGCCUCUCGCCGCCAGAAAUUCCAGCCAGUCGUCGGAGUAGACACUGCAGAUAAACAGGGUUUGAGCCGGCCAAAGAAUGCCAUUAUUUAUGCGAAGCCUAACGAGCUUGUCAACUGGCGUGAAUUCGAUCACGAAGCGUAUCUUAGAAAGGAUGCAUUAAAGCCUGGUGAAGAUAGAUACGCUGCAAAUAAAUUCAAUCAAGCAGCCAGUGAUGCGACAAAGUGGGAUCGUGAUGUAAUCGAUUCUCGGGAAGCAAGGUGUCGCACGAUAAAGUACGACUCACGCGCGCUUCCGCCUACAUCAGUUAUUAUAACAUACCACAACGAAGCACGCUCCACGCUUCUCCGUACUGUUGUCAGUGUCUUUUUACGGUCGCCGCCGGAGCUAAUUUCCGAAAUCAUCCUUGUGGAUGACUUCUCCACUGACGGCAAUGGUAUUUCAGCAACUAUAGGAAAGGAUUUGUUACCAAUGGAAAAAGUCGUUGUUAUAAGGAAUACAAAGCGUGAAGGUUUGAUCCGGUCGCGUGUGAAGGGAGCAGCACUGGCGAACGGUGCAGUUUUGACAUUUCUGGAUAGUCACUGCGAAUGUAACGUGAAUUGGCUGGAGCCGAUGCUUGCACGAGUUGUCGAAAAUCCUCGGGCCGUUGUUGCUCCUGUUAUUGACGUGAUCAACAAGGAUACAUUCAAAUACGUGGCUGCCAGUGCCGAUCUGCGCGGAGGUUUUGAAUGGAAUCUUGUUUUCAAAUGGGAGUAUUUGACAAAUAAGCUACGCGAUGAGCGACAUGCACGACCGACCGCUCCAAUAAAGUAA